GAGAAGACAUCUUCUCCGAGUUGAGUUGUCAGGCAUCAAAUACCAAUUAUACAGACCCUGUUCGAAGUUCUGUUAUCCUCGAUAUGAAUUUGAGACCCAUUGAAGUAAAAAUUAUAUCACCUCAGCGACCUCUUUUAGCGAGGGAAAAAACACAAAUAGCGUGUCAGUCUUUUGGUUCGCGACCAGCAGCAAACAUACAUUGGUGGAAAGACAGAAAAAAGCUCACGUCCUUUGCGACAAUGGUAAAAGAGAAAAAUUACACUAUCAGUGAGCUAACGUUUAUACCUGAGAUAGAAGAUAAUGGCCGGUACUUAUCGUGUGAAGCUGAUAACCCUUUACUAACCAACAGAGGCUUAGAAGAUGGGUGGAUACUAAACGUUCACUAUGAUCCACAGGUUACCUUAAAACUGGGCUCAAAUAUUCAACUGGAAACGAUUGCUGAAGGGAAUGACGUGUACUUUGAGUGUCAUGUUCAGGCUAAUCCUUGGGUGGAUGACAUUAUCUGGUUACACGAAGGGAUACCUAUUCGUAACAAACAAGAAGAAGGGAUUAUUAUUAGCAACCAGAGUUUGGUUCUACAGCAUAUAAAGAUUACAUCGAGAGGAAAAUAUCAGUGUAUAGCAUAUAAUAGCCAAGGCUCAGGAAGAAGCAAUAAAAUUGAAAUUAGUCUAAAAUAUAUUCCUGUUUGUUGUGAUCAUCGUGAACAAGUAUAUCGGCUUGCUAAGAAUGAAAGCGCUAUCAUUAGCUGCUGUGUUGAUUCUAAUCCAAGAAAUGUUGACUUUUUUUGGACUUUAAAUAAUUCACAAGAAAUGGUUAACAUACAUUCUUUUUAUGUCAACAAAACAACAAGCGUACUCACGUACAGACCAAGAAGUGAAAUAGAUUAUGGAAUUCUGCUCUGCUGGGCAAAAAACGAUGUUGGUGAGCAAAGGGAGCCAUGCAUAUUUAAUAUUAUAUCCGUAGGAAGGCCUGCUUCCUUGCAGAAUUGCAUCUUAUUCAAUAUCACUGCAAGAGGAUUUGCCGUGCGAUGCAAAGAGGGCUACGACGGGGGACUAAACCAAACCUUUCAUCUAGAGAUUUACAGUUCUUUAAAAGAAAAAAUUUUCCUCAACUUGACUCAAAACAAAUCACCAGCCUUUCUUGCAACAAAUCUUCCCCCUUCCACAUCGUUCAUCGUAACGAUUUACGCUUCGAAUUCUAAAGGAAGAAGCAAUUUGGUUGUAUUAACAGCAAGUACUACUCUAGCUACUCAAGAACUGAAAGGAGAUCCGAAAACAACAACCAUUAGUCCAACAUUAGCUAUUGUAAUUGGUGUUGUAGGAACGCUCAUUGUACUAGCUGUGGCUGUACUGAUCUUUUCAAGAUGUCGUCGGUGCAGAAAAAGUGCAGGUCAUGAAAAAGACAAGCCCCAGAAAACGCAAUCAUGUCCACAAGAAAAUAUCGAUCCGAAUUUUACCAGUAAAAUCAGGUCAGAAGCUAUUACCACUCCAACUGAGUUAUCUCUAGGGAAUGGAAAUAUACCACGACGACGAGAAAUUGAUACAUUCUACGGACUCGAGAUGGAUGAUUUGCCUACACAUAACAUCAACCCAAUCUUCAAAGGAGAAAGUAGCAAUUUAGAAUAUCCACUGGAUAUGUGUGACACAUCAGGAUGGAGUACUACAGUGUCUUCCGUUUGACGUUAGGGAAGAAUCAUGAUCAAUCAUGUAACUGUAAUGUUGUAACAUUUCUUUCUAGAACUGUAAAAUUACAAGUGCCUGCAAUGGGAAGAUUAACAAAAACAAUUGAAUGUUAAUGUGUACAGUUUGUAAGGAUGCGAUUGGAGGAAAUUUUAAUAUUGCCAUUUUGUGUUGUUAAAUAAGAAAAAGGAUAGUGCUUAUAAAUUUAACUGAUAAUAUAUCAGGUUAUUAACAUUUUAAUUAAAUUAGGAAAGCUUAGGUUAUGUUAUUGUAAAUGCGUCGAAUAACACCAACCUAUUCUGAUAUGUUUAACGUAGUCAAAAUAAGACAAUUAAUAUCACGAUGUAUGUAU